AUGGCCAAGUUUCCCGCCUCCCUGCUGCCCCUCCUGAAGGAACUCACCUAUCGUGGGUGCCCCUCCCCUCCUCCUCAGGUCACAUUUGCAGGGAUUGCCAUGGCAAGUUAUCAGCGACGACGCUCGAUUCAGAUUCUGAAAAUCAAUGAUGAUGGUUGGCAGCUUGAACACGAAGAGCUACAACGCAUCCUCCUCGACGAGCGUGUCAAGGACAAGCCGGUCGUGGUGAUAUCCAUAGCCGGAGCGUGUCGCCAGGGCAAGUCUUUCCUCAUGAACUUCUUCCUCCGGUACAUGUACCGAAAAGAAAAGGAGAACUGGAUUGGACACCCAGGUGAACCUCUUCGAGGCUUCGGGUGGAAGCACAGCAGGGAACGUCAAACAUCUGGCAUUCACCUAUGGAACGAAGUAUUCCUGGUUCCCACAUCUGACGGUCAAGAGGUGGCUGUGCUGUUCAUGGACACGCAGGGGCUGUUUGACAGCAAGUCGACACUGCCUGAGAGUACCACCAUCUUUGCGCUAAGCGUCAUGAUGAGUUCAGUGCAGAUCUACAACAUUCUUCAGGAUGUCCGAGAAGACCACCUUCAGGUUCUCGAAUUUGUCACCCAAUAUGGCCAACUGGCGCAAAAGGAAGCGACGGGAAAGCCCUUUCAGAGACUCGUGUUCCUGGUGCGAGACUCAAACGACGGAACCUACGGGGCAGAUGCUGGCCGCUCACUCAUCACAGAGCGUUUGCAAGCAGCAACAGACCGGAAACCUGAGGUCCGGCAACUGCGAAAGUACAUAAGCAACAACUUUACCGACAUCGAUUGUUUCCUCAUGCCGUAUCCUGGAAGUAAGGUGGCAACAGAACAUUCGUACGAUGGUUGUCUGAAGGAUAGUGAUCCACAGUUCAAGAAUCAUCUGCAGGACUUUGUCCCUUGGAUAUUAGGGCCGGAGAAUCUGGUUGUCAAGAAGAUAAACGGCAAGGCAAUAUCUUGUCAGGAGCUCCUUACCUACAUUAAGGCUUACGUGCAAGUGUUCAGAAAUGGUGAAGUGCCCAAGCCAAAAUCCAUGCUCCAGGCGACGGCUGAAGCAAGCCACCUGACCGCAAAGGACAGAGCGACGAAAGUGUACAUGACAGCGAUGUCCAAUGUACCACAUGGAGACCUUGAAAUGCUUCAAAAUGCUCAUGAGCUUGCGCUGGCCAGAGCGCAAGAUUUUUUCGACGGCAUACAAAAGAUUGGUGGUUGCGACAUUUCCAAGGCCUACCUCGACACGUUGGUCAAUGAACUGCAAGAUCACUUUGAUCGUCAAUACAGGAAAGAACAAGCUUGGCUUGACAAACAGCUUGCGGAAGAGCAGACGAGGCGCGAGCAGGACGCCGAGGAGCAGAAGGAGAAGCAGAUGGAGGUCGAGAACGAGUUGACGGAGGCGUGGACUCAGGCCGACAAGGAGAAGGCCGAGAAGGAGCAGCUCAAGGAGGAAAUGGAGGGCCUGAAGCAGCUCUAUACGGAGAAAGUGGAUUCUUUGAACAAAGGAAAUGAGAGCCUGAAGAAAGAUAACGAAAAUUUGACUAAGAUAUUGACAGGUUCGCGCAUCAACCUUACGUACUUCCUCCAGAUGGCCAUGGCACCGGUGGCUGUACACGACAUCGACAACUUCACCGGAUCAUGCGGGAACGGACAGUCCCUGUUCAUAAGAGCCAUCGCCACAGGCUCCAGUUGA